GUACAACCAUGCGCAAAGAGCAUUCGUGUUUACGCCGCCGAGGGGAAAGGCUGCGUCAGUCGCGCUCCCGACCAAUAAUACGCGGCUCGUAAUUCCGAUACCUCGAACGUGUGACAGUAAUUUCUGCUACCGAGUGUAACACAGUGUGUGUGACGUAAAUAUUUAUUAUUGGUGAUUAUUUAUUUUUGGAAAAAAUUGUGAAGUGAUUUUUUUUUGGGUUGACAUUUAAAGUGUUGUUGUGUUUUUUUUUUUGAAAUUCGAUUUCGAAUUUUUUGGAAUCGUUUCGCUGUUCACUUGGUUCGGGACCUAACCUGUGUGAACACUACUCGAGUCAAUUUCAAGUAGUGAAGCAAAAAAAAAACACAUUAAUUUCUGGUAACCGGGCGAUCACAGUGUGGUUAUAAAUGUGCUAAUGACUUAGUAACGUAGAAUGUCCUGCGAGGAGAGGUUAGCGUGACACGAUGGUGAUACGGUGCUUGUUGAUCGUGCUCCUGUGUGCGAUCUCGCACAUAACAUGCGGCCACCGGCACGGCCAUGACAUCUCCACCGAGGACCCGGAGAUCAUAGAGCAGACCUACGACAACUCCACUCAUCAUGGCAAGGACCGAGGCGGCUGGUCGCAGUGGAGUGAAUGGUCCCUGUGCUCGCGUACGUGUGAUGGAGGCGUGUCGAGGCAGCUUCGAACCUGUUCCUCGCCCGCCGGCUGCAGGGGCGAGCCGGUGCGGUACAAGAUCUGUAAUAUGCAGCCAUGUCGCGGCAACGUCUCCUUACUAGAAGAGGACAUAUGGCGGGAGCAGCAAUGCAGCGCUCACGACGACACCCCCUAUGGGGGGGAGCUGUUCCACUGGCGAGCGCACCGAGAUGACGCCGAGCCCUGCGCCCUCACCUGCAGGGGGACGCCGCAGCACUCGGGGCAGAGCCCUGAACCUACGGUGUCCCUGGAUGACGAGGACCGCGUGGUGGUAGCUGUGCUUGCAGCGAGGGUGUCUGAUGGUACGAGGUGCAGACCUGGCAGUCUCGACAUGUGCAUUGAUGGUAGAUGUCAGCGCGUGGGCUGUGACCUCCGAGUGGGGUCCACACGUCGCGUGGACGAGUGCGGUGUGUGUGGGGGCGACGGGUCCUCCUGCUCCAGACCCCGGUACCACUGGCUCGCCACUCCAGGGUCGCUGUGCUCUGCUACAUGUGGUGGAGGCUACAAGAUGUCGCUAGCAGUAUGCCGGGACCGCCUCACAGGGUCUGAUGCUCCGGAACAGCUGUGUGAUGCCUCCAGCAAGCCUCAGGCGUCAGUCGUCAGGUGCAACACACAUCCAUGUCCAUUCAAAUGGUACGUGGGCGAGUGGUCGUCGUGUAGCGUGACGUGCGGCGGCGGCGUGCGCUCACGGCGCGUGCUCUGCGCCCGGUCCGCCAACGUCACCAAGACUGACACGUACGAACCUGGUACAAACUCGGAGCCAGGGUGCGUGUCUCCAGCGCCGCGCGCCACACAGCCGUGCAACCAGCACGACUGUCCCGUCUGGGUGGCGGGGCCUUGGUCUGGGUGCUCAGUAUCAUGCGGCGAGGGAGUGCAAGUGCGAGGAGUGGAAUGCACGCCAUCUGGCGGCGGGUGCGACCCGGCCACGAGACCUGAGAUAUCACGACCGUGCUCCACUGGCAUCAGCUGUCCAGCUUACAGGGAAUCUGACGAACCUGAGGACGAAAUCGAAGAUCUGCUCCCAGGAGUGGUGUACCACACUCAGCCGUUAAUACAACCGUACCCAAUGCCACAAGCGAAGGCUGAGCGUCUGAUAGGAGACCCCGACGUGCCGGUAGAAGCAACCAAUUACAAAAUAUUCUUUGCGUGUGGCUGGUUGUAUGUAAGUUACAUCAAAGACGAUGACUGGGGUCCGUGCAGUGUGACCUGUGGAGAAGGGUGGAGGAAGAAGGAGGUCCAUUGCAAGAUAUUCUUGGAGUUUAGUAGGACUAUAGCCAAGCUGCCUGAUAGCAAGUGCUUGGGGCCGAAACCUGCUGAAGAUACGGAGAGAUGCGUGAUGGAACCGUGUUCCAUGGCUUACGGGACCUCGUUCGGAGACUCCAGCGUGCCGUCCUAUGGUGGGAGUGGUGGUGAUAGCAGGCUACUGACCUUCGGGACCUCAAGCAACAUCAGGGUGGCACCAGGAUCUCCAGGGAAGUCAUACUCUUGGAAAGAAAAAGGUUACACGAGCUGCAGUGCGUCUUGUCUCAGUGGUGUUCAGGAACUAAUAAUCCAGUGUGUAAGAGAUGAAGACGGUAAGAACGCGUCUCCGUACAUGUGUGACCCGCUGACGAAACCAGAGAACAGGGUGCGGACUUGUAACGACCAUCCGUGUCCACCCAGGUGGAACUACACUGAAUUCUCACAAUGCACCAAGUCGUGCGGCAUCGGGAUUCAGACGAGAGAGGUCACUUGUAUACAUGAGGUGACUCGCGGUGGUACCAACACAGUGGUGGUCCCGAACAGCAUGUGUCCACAACCGCCCCCACCGGACCGGCAGUACUGCAACGUGCUCGACUGCCCCGUCAGGUGGCACACCGGCGAGUGGUCCAAAUGCUCCAAGACUUGCGGCGGGGGGUUAAAGCAGAGAGAUGUGGAGUGUAAACAAAUAAUGGCGCAGUCCCACGUGGUGGAGCGUCCUGCUUCACUCUGCAGCUCCCCACGCCCAGCCGCCACCAAGUCCUGCAACUCCAGACCCUGUCUCCUGGACACCGCGUCUCCAGAGAUAUCGCUCGCCAAUUCCUCGUAUAUACAACAUGAUCCGAAGAAGAAAAAGGUGACGGUAAAGGUGGGCGGAUCAGCGACAAUAUUCUACGGGACGCAAGUGAAAAUCAAAUGUCCCGUGAAAGGGUACAAUAGGACCAAGAUACAGUGGGCCAAGGACCAUCAGAUCAUUAGCAAGUCGAAGAAGUAUAAGAUUUCUAGAAAGCAGGGUGCUCUUCGAAUCAACUCCCUGUCUCUCCGCGACCAUGGAGUGUACACCUGCGUAGCUGGCAGGUCCAGUGCCAACCUGACACUGCUGGUGAAGCCGAGACCUGGGGAGUUUCCAUCCAGCGAGGAGAUCGAGAGGCAUAAGGCAUUGGAUGAACCGUCGUCGCCGUUGUCGGAUAGCCGGGCGGACGGGCGCUACCGAGCUAUGAUCGGAGGCACAUCGGAUGACCAGUCACACGAACAGCGGCCGGGGGACUCCAGGAAGAAUUAUAAGAAUAGGCAGAAAGGAAAAAUAGACAAAGUCCGCGACGCUCUCUACGGGAACACAGCGACAACGAGCACCAAGGCGUCGCCCAGCUUCAACUCACAAGAGCGAGAGAGAGACUUGUACGACGAACACGAGAAGAGUGCUGUCUCCUCGCAGAUGCUCCCCCCCAAACGGAGCAGUGCGUCUAGGGUUCUCCCCUGCCUGCAUUACAUUGUCAUGCAACUCCAGAUGUUUUGGAAUUUCCAGGGCCUAGGAAACUCCAGGGGACAAAGGACUGUGGACUCUAUCAUCAUGUACCAGAACUAUGGAGUACCAACGAAGUCACAUUUCUUCAACUUGGAAGACAAACAGAUGGUGUUCCCAGAAGAUGAUGAUUCCGACAUCAUUAUUGUCAAUGAGGAUUAUAAUAGAAACGUUUUAAGAGAUGUUCCUGUUGAGAAUCUCAAAGAGUCUUCUGAAGAGACUACUACGGAACACAGGUUGGAAGCUCCAGACGCCCACGAGUAUGUCUGGAUGACUACUGACUGGUCUCCAUGCAGUGCCCUCUGCAGCCAAACUGGUCACCAGAUCAGAGGAGCUGUUUGCCAGCACAAAAAGGACAACAGCACUACCACAGUGGAGACAGAAGAAUGUCUGUCCCGGGGUGGUACUCCACCGACCGUGGUCCGUGAGUGUGCGGGGGACACGUGUGCGGAGUGGAGGACGGCGCCCUGGUCCGCGCCCAAGUGUCUUAGCAGUGGAGCUGCCAUAAUUCGCCGACGCGUGGAAUGCGUGGCUGUGAACGGCAGUACGCUGCAGGAGACUGCGUGUGACUCCGUCAGUAGACCGGAGAAGAUGAAGAGAGACACCAGCCUGUGUAAGGCCACCUGGGCUGUUGGGCCCUGGAGUAAGUGUGUAGGUGCGUGUUCCUCCGUCGGUAGGCAGCACCGCGCGCUCCGCUGCGUGUGGCGAGCUGUGGGCGCCCGUCGGCGGGGGAAAGAGAGGAGUGCGGCCGCCGCGUGCGAGGGACUACCCCGCCCGGGGGUCACUCGGCCUUGCCACGUACAUGCCUGUGUUAAUAAAGAUGGCAUAUGUCGGGACAGCUCCCGUUUCUGCGAAAACGUUAGAGCGAUGAACAUGUGCGCUCUCAAACGGUACAGGGAGCAAUGCUGCAAAACAUGCUCCGAUUGAGCCAAUGAUUGCCGUUUAGAACACAAUCAUUUGAAUAUUUGAAUAUAACGGUCUUCGAUUCUGAAUGGCGGUUGCGAUUUCCAAUUUCAAUUGAGAGGUCAGUUUAAAAAUGUAGUUUUGUGAGUUUGUUUUUUGGUUUUUUGCACACAAAAUAUAUUGUUUUUGAUAAAAUCUGUUGUAAUAACUCUUUUAACAUCGUUGCAGUUAACAGAUUUUUGAUCAGUCUUUUGGAAAGUCAAAUGUUAGGUACU